AGCGAAUUCACAUGCCAUUUUGCACUUAUUUUUGAUUCUGCCAAAACCCAGUUUCACAAAAAGCAAUUUUUAUAAAGUCCCAAUUCUGAUCCCCUUUUCUCCCUACAAGGAAAUUAUAAAACCCUAUUCACCAAUCGCAUUUCAUUUAAGAAUGAAUUAGAUCAUCAAAAUCGAAGUCAUCAUCAAUCACCAUGAGUGGAGAAUUUUCUUCAGGUGCAUUGGACAGCACCCCAUUUUUACAUAACCAAUAUGCAGAAUCAAGUGAUGUGAAAAGAACAGGAACAGUAUGGACAGCAGUGGCACACAUAGUGACAGGAGUGAUAGGGUCAGGUGUGUUGUCAUUGGCAUGGAGCAUUGCACAAAUUGGAUGGAUUGCAGGCCCAUUGGCAAUUCUUCUUUUUGCUUCUAUCACUCUUCUCUCUGCUUUUCUUCUCAGUGAUACCUAUCGUUCUCCUCAUCCUCAAUUUGGUCCUCAUAGAAGCUCUUCUUAUCUUGAUGCUGUUAAUUUGCAUAAGGGAGCAGGAAAUGGACGUUUCUGUGGUGUUUUUGUAAAUAUAAGUUUAUAUGGUUUUGGAAUUGCCUACAUUAUUACUUCAUCCAUCAGCAUAAGAGCAAUCCAGGACUCAAUCUGUUACCAUGACAAAGGGAGUGAAGCAACAUGUGGAUUUACGGAUACAUAUAACAUGCUUAUUUUUGGGGCUAUCCAAGUUGUUCUCUCACAGAUUCCCAAUUUCCAUAACAUUGAAUGGCUGUCUAUUGUUGCUGCAAUUAUGUCAUUUGCUUAUGCUUUCAUAGGCAUGGCACUUGCCAUCGUUAAAGUCAAUGAAAAUGGACGUUUUGAGGGUAGCAUUGGAGGAGUCACAACUUCCACUGGAAUGGAAAAACUAUGGCUGGUUGCACAAGCACUUGGUGACAUAGCCUUCUCCUAUCCAUUUGCAGUAAUUCUUAUAGAAAUUCAGGACACAUUGAAAUCACCUCCGCCAGAAAACGUAACAAUGAGGAGGGCCUCGACAAUAUCAGUCAUCGUGACGACAUUUUUCUACCUCUGUUGUGGCUGUGCUGGUUAUGCAGCCUUUGGUAGUGAUACACCAGGAAAUCUUUUGACAGGGUUUGCAACUUAUAAGCUUUAUUGGCUUGUUGACUUUGCCAAUGCUUGUAUAGUUAUUCACCUAGUUGGUGCAUAUCAGGUGUAUAGCCAGCCACUUUAUGCAAAUGUGGAAAAUUGGUUACGUUUUAAAUUCCCAGACAGUGGAUUUGUGAAUUACUCAUACAACUUAAAACUCCCAUUGCUGCCAGAUUUCCAACUAAAUCCUCUAAGGCUUUGUUUCCGAACGCUAUAUGUUGGAUCGACGAUCGUGAUUGCAAUGCUGUUUCCAUACUUCAACCAGAUUUUGGGAGUUUUGGCUGGCAUAAUAUUUUAUCCAUUAACCAUAUAUUUCCCAGUGGAAAUGUAUUUGAGUCAAGGCAAUAUUGAAGCAUGGACAACCAAGUGGAUAUUGCUAAGGACUUUUAGCAUUGUUGGCUUUGUGGUGGGAUUGUUCACUCUCAUUGGUUCCAUUCAAGGGAUUGUAUCUGCAGAACUUAAGUGAUAAUUGGAUCCAUUAAACAUAGGACACUGCUUUAUAUUGGUUAUCCCCUUUUUGAUAGAAAACACGUUUGUCACAUUUAUGUAACAUAGAUCAUGAGUUCAAGGUUUUGCGGUUCUACAACUGUAGGUGUGAUUCAAUUGCACAUUUGUCUCUUGGAAUCAUUUUGAGAAACUAGCUAAUUUCAUCUGUAGUUACCAAGAUGCAAAUUGUUGUCUUGGAUUCCCUACAGUUGAGAUAUCUUGUAUUCAUGCUGUUAGUGUAUUGGUGAUCGUUGGAUUUCAAUCGGAUGGUUGACAAAAUUUGCAUUUUAUUUUAAAAUACAAAAUAUCGAAUUUGAAAUCUGAA